UUCCAUCGACACUUUUCCCCAAUUCAAUCUCCUUACUCAAAACAAAAACAGGACCACGGCUCCUCCGGCGAAAACGUGACCGGAGUGAGCUUCUUCUGCCAUUAUCUCAGCUUUCGGGCUUUCUCUCUCUCUCCGCUGAAACCAUGGAAAGGGUUCUCGGUUUCUCCGUCGUGUCACCGCCCGUCCCUUCACGGCGAUUCAGCACCGUCGCGGCGUCUCCGGCUGGGGCAGAUGCAGCUCGGUCCGCUUCGCAGACCAGCGCCGCCGCUAUUGCCCUCGUGGUCUCGCCGUCGUCGGCGGUCUCCGAGGCAGCUCCUCGCCAAAUUUCCGCUCUCGGCGAGCACCACUGCCGCCGCUCCUUUCCUCGCGACGGAGAGUCAUCGCCGGUUGUCCCCCGACGUUCAGCAGCGCCGCGCGCUUGUCUCCCUGGAGUAUACAGCAGAUUCAACACAUUGAGAGUAUACAUAAUUUGAACGGGAAAUGAUGCAGACAAUCUUCCCGAUAUCCAGAGCUCCGGGAAGAUGAAAGUCUAUGCCGAGGUUUCGCUCAACGGAGAGCCACAAACAAGAAUUCGAACCACCGUGGACAUGGCUGGAGAGACGAACCCUAAAUGGGACCUCCAACUCAAUUACGCGAUCAACAAGGUCUCUCUCCAUGAGCCGGGACUGGUGGUGGUGGUGAAGCUCUACUGUCAGAGAACUCUGGGAGACAAGUACAUCGGUCAAGUCAAGAUACCGGUCAUGGGUCUCCUCGACUCCAGGCGUGAUGAGGCUGAAAUAGAGGCGAGCUUCGAUGUGGAUGGGACCAAGAAUGGGAAGCUCAACAUUUCAUAUACGUUUGUGGAGAUGCUUAACAAGCAUGAUCAUGAUAAGCCUUCACGUUGGAAGAAGAAGCUCAAGGUCAGGCUCAAGGUCGGGUUCUUGGUAAUGGUACAGGGGACAUGUUUCGUCUUGACUGGAGGCACCAUCUAAUUUUCUUUUUCUUCUUUCUAUUUUCCUCUUUUCUUGAACAAUAUCGAAUUUUAAAGCUUUAAAUCAAUAUAA